AUGUCAAAACAAAGGUAUGGUGCUAUCUUUUACAUAUGGCUUUCUAUAUUUCAAAAUCCUCAAUUCUAUUUUGUUAUUGUUCUCAUCAACCUGCAUAGGUUGGAGGGUAAGGUUGCUAUUGUGACAGGAGGAGCAAGCGGAAUAGGAGAAGAUGCAGUCAAGACCUUUGUCGAAAACGGAGCAUUCGUUGUUAUAGCAGACAUCAACGACGAAUUGGGUCACCAACUCGCAGCUUCGAUCGGCUUAGACAAAGUGAGUUACCACCACUGUGAUGUAAGAGAUGAAAAACAAGUUGAACAAACUGUAUCUUUCACCUUGGAGAAAUAUGGAACCCUGGACAUCAUGUUCAGCAACGCUGGGAUUGUAGGUCCUAUGUCUAGCAUACUAGAAUUCGAUUUGAAUGAAUUUGACAACACCAUGGCUGUGAAUAUUCGAGGCGUGGCCGCAACUAUCAAGCACGCUGCACGUGUCAUGGUGGAUCGAAAAAUCCGAGGAUCGAUUAUCUGUACUGCUAGUGUGGCUGCCACUAUUGCCGGUGGCGGUGGCCAUGAUUAUGUUACCUCCAAACAUGGUCUUAUAGGACUUGUACGUUCGACAUGCAGUGAGCUUGGAGCUUAUGGGAUCAGAGUUAAUUCUAUUUCACCUUAUUUAGUUGCAACACCUCUUGUAUGUAGGACACUUGGUAAGGAACAAGGUGAACUUGAAGCUAAUGGAAAUAGUAUUGCUAAUUUGAAAGGAGUUGCAUUGAAGGGUAAACAUAUUGCAGAAGCUGCUUUGUUUCUUGCUUCGGAUGAAUCUGCUUAUAUCAGUGGACACAACUUGGUUGUUGAUGGAGGAUACUCUGUCAUCAAAACAUCUUUUCCUAGUAUUAUCAAAAACUAG